AGGCGGCUUGUCUGCCCUCUCCCACCCGUUUCUGCCUGCUUUUCGCCAUGGCCAGCGACGACGAGUACGAAAUCGAGGGCCCUGAACUCGCUGAGGAUGAUCCCAUGAGAGCCUUUCUGCCUGCCUCCUUCGGAAAAAAGUCCAAGGAGACUGAUAUUGCAGCCCAAAUCGACCGCAGUCGGAGACCAGUGGAUAAGCCGCCAGUAACUGGCAGCAAGGAUGGCGAUGGGACACCAGCACAAGAGUCGAAAGAGAAGGGCGGCUCGAGCGACUCCGACUCCGACGACAAUAGCGACGACUCCGAUGAGUCUGACGACGAAGACGAGUUCCCGGUAUCGCAUGAACUUGUUUUGAAGACGCACGAGCGCGCUGUUACUACAGUCUCCAUGGACCCUGCUGGUGGUAGAUUGGCCUCUGCCUCUCUGGAUUGUACUGUCAAGCUCCACGACUUCGCCUCGAUGACGCCGACGACGCUCCGCGCAUUUCGCAGCGUUGACCCUUUUGUGUCCAAGCGAACUGCUGCCAGCGCAGAGGCCCACCCAAUCCAUCUGGUUGAGUUCAACCCGCUGUCGGGCGGAGCAUUUCUAUGCGUGUGCGCCCACCCCCAGGCGAGGAUUAUGUCGCGAGAUGGAGAUAUUUUGACAGAAUUUGUCAAGGGAGACAUGUACCUUCGUGAUAUGCACAACACAAAGGGACACAUCUCCGAGAUUACAACUGGCACUUGGCAUCCCACGGACAAAAACCUCUGUGUCACGGCAGGAACCGACAGCACUCUGCGAAUCUGGGACAUCAACAAUAAACGUUCACAGAAGGAUGUCAUUGUCUUCAAGUCAAAGGCUGCCGGGUCUGCUGGGCGCACCAAGAUGACCGCUGUCGCAUGGAAGGUGUCUGCUCAAGGAAGCAAUGUACUGGUCAGCGCUGCCCUCGACGGCUCGCUAGUAAUGUACGGCGGCAAUGGGCCGUUUACGAGACCGGCGGGCGAGAUCAAGGAGGCGCACAAGCCCCAGACCUGGACAAGCGGCAUCGACAUUUCUUCCGACGGCCGCAUGGUAGUCACGAGAGGCGGCGACGAUUUAAUCAAACUGUGGGAUACCCGAAAAUUCAACAAACCCCUCGUCACGGUAUCGCACACGUCGACUUCGGAUAGCUAUCCGACUAGCAACAUUCGAUACGCUCCCAACUCGACCAGCAUCAUCACCGGUUCAGCCACGGGCCAUCUCCACAUCUUAAAUCCGGGCAAUCUUCAGCCAGAACACGUCACUCCGAUCACGCCGGGCUCAGCUUUGAUUGCUGUGGACUGGCAUCCCAAGAUUAACCAGAUUGUUACAGGGUCAGCGAACGCCGAGACACACGUCCUGUACAACCCGACCAUGUCUUCCCGCGGUGCUGUGGAGGUCAUGUCGCGAGCGCCGAAGAAGCGUCAUAUCGACGACAACCCCGAGUUUACAAUGGACCAAAACGUCGGCAUAUCGGGCGACUCCAUCGUUGUCCCCGGCGCGAUGGGCGGUGGGCGCAAAGCCGGAGUCACGGGCACGGGCAAAUCGAAGGACCCUCGGCGACCUGAAGUCCCGCUGGCGACGCCCUUUCAGAAAAGCCAGCCAGACGAGAAGCACAUUGCGCAGAACAUUCCUCUGGCCAGGAUGCUGCACGAGGAUCCGCGUGAAGCAUUGUUGAAAUAUGCUGACAAGGCCCGGAGCGACCCCAUGUUCACAAAGGCCUGGAGUAAGACGCAGCCGCAGACGCAGUACGCCGAGCUCAGCGACGAUGAAGAAGAAGAAGGUCCAGACAAGAAGCGUGCCAAGCGAUGAAUUAAAAUUGCGCCCAACACAGAAGAGGAAAGAUGGACUGAAAAGAAAAGGACUACGAUACAGCUGCUAACUCGGGGGUCGGAUCUAUCAUCGCGACGACAUCAGCGCGCUAGCCCCGAGACUGCGCCUUCGUGCUUUAUUGCCGUUUCUAUCUAUCUGAAAAGACGAAUAUCGAUGGAAUACUCGAGUAGUCUUCGGAAUAUAGCCACCCCGGCUACGACCAAAUAUCAUAUCAGGAAAAAAAACACGCGGUAAUGAUGACUGCUUUGAACGAGCAUUUAGUUAGUAGGCUGGUAGGUGUUGCUACUAAAAGGCUGAGGAGCAUCUGACUGUAUUCCUACAGCGGAUACCGGUAGAUAUUGCUAGAUAUUAUUAGGUAGAUAGAGGCUUCAUAGCAGCCUCUUGGAGCUACUGCUGCUGCCUCUCUGCUCUCGAGACGAGACCCAAGAAGAAAUUGUGGGUCCUGGUCCGAGAGGGAGGUUCCGGGUACAGGGUACAAGAGCAAAGUAUCGCCCCACGUGACCUCCAAAGCCGCCCUAGACCCAAUACGACGCAAAUUCUCUUCCUUUUGCUGUGCCAGCCUGAGGCGUGCG